AUGAGAAGCCUAAAGUGUUUGCUGUUCGUGAUCUUCUGCUCUCUGCAGAUGACUUCAAGCGCUAACCUGGCAAAUGAAGUGGCAAACUCAGAGUGUUGUGGAGAGUUCAGUAAUGUGAAGGUUCCUGUGAAACUGGUGACGUCUUACUAUUGGACCAGCAGCAUCUGUCCCAUACGCGCUAUUGUGCUUCAGACAAUUGCGGGGAGAAAGUUCUGCAUUGAUCCAGAGACCCCCUGGGUGAAGAGUCAUAUUGAAACAGUGGACAAAAGAACAACAACUACAGAAUCCAAUGCUACAAAAACAUCUGCUAAAGAAUAAACUUCUGCUGCAUUGACAACUGUUACUACAGCAAAGACUCAGAGCCUUACAGUCUAAAAGAAGCUACACUGUUUCUAUUUGAUCUCUGCAUAUCAUACUGUAUGUACAAUCAUAUUUCUGAUGUGUAUAUGAAUAUAUAUU